ACACGUAGGACACAUUGCAGGCUUUUAGAAAUGUGGAGGUGCGCAUGCGCACACCUUGUCUCUGGUGAACAACGAUUAGACACGCUUGCUGAAGUCCAAAGAUCUCUCCCUUUCGGUCGAAUUAACGCUAACAACGCUAACAACAUAAAUAAACCCCUCAAUUGACGUUAAAGCCACACACGUCUGCCGCACAGAUGUUGCUCAUCGUUGUCUGUUUCCUCGGGCCGUGAACGAAGCAGAAGAACAGCCGCGUCUGUGAAGAUGAAGCAACCAGGAAGUGAUCCAGCAACCUGACGGUUGCUCCCGUGAUGAAGAUACCAGCCGCCACCCUGGGAAACGCCACCGGGAUCUUAGCGGUCGUUGUUGUUGUGAUUGCGGCGCUUUUGAGUUAUUUCGACGACCCUAAUUCGGUUAAAUACACAAGCAUGGCCGGGGACAUGAAGAAUCUGGAGGAAAACUUCAGGCAGCAGAACAAAAGCUGUUUCAUCCUCGGAGCCUCCGGGGAAUCGGGCAAGAUGUUGCUUCGAGAGCUGCUGGAGCGCAACAUCUUCUCCAAGAUCACCCUCAUCGGGAGGAGACGGCUCGCCCUUGAAGACCACGCACACGGAAACCUGCUACAAGAGGUGGUGGACUUUGAGAAGCUGGAGGAUUACGCUGCGGCCUUCCAGGGCCACGAUGUAGGCUACUGCUGCCUGGGAACCACCAAAGCAAAAGCAGGGACUGAAGGAUUCAUCCGCGUCGACCACGACUACGUUCUGAAAUCGGCCGAGCUCGCCAAAGCAGGAGGCUGCUCACAGUUCCACCUGGAGUCCUCCAGAGGAGCCGAUAAGAACAGCAACUUCCUCUACCUCAAAGUCAAGGGACAAGUGGAGGCAGAGAUUGAGGCGCUGGGUUUUGACAGAUUUUCCAUUUACAGACCAGGGGUCUUGUUGGUGGACCGGCAGGAGAGUCGGCCCGCUGAGUGGGUGGCCAGGAAGUUCUUCGGGGCCUUUUCCGCCGUGUGUUCCACGUCCAUGUCCAUCCCGAUCCACGCGGUGGCCAAAGCCAUGGCGUCCAACGCUCUGCUUCAGCCCGAGACGAAGACGGAGAUCCUGGAGAACAAGGACAUCGCCAGUCUGGGGAGAAGUGCUGGGAAGUAAGGGGAGGAGAUGCCCCGGAGGCCCUAUACAGAGACAGCUACAGAGUGUAAACACUAUUCUCUUCAUCAUCGUCAUCUUGUCCAUGGUUUUUUCAAUUUAAAUAAAAUGUAUCCUUGAAUUGUCAGAAAGCCAAAGUAUGUUUCCAUAAAGGUGCUGGACUGUAGUGGAUUUGCUAGAAAUUUUAUGUAGAAAACGACAUGUAAAGCUAAUAAAGUCUUGAACGUAUUUCCUAAUGUCGUGAAUGGUGUAAUGUUGUCAUGAGGGAACUAUUUUCAGGCUUUUUGACCAUUUGUGCUCUGAGUCAACGCACUGCCUUUAAGUAAAUGUCUCAGUUGAUUCUGCACUACAUUAAAAUCUCUUCAACACAU